AUGUACACAUGCAACUUCUUCGCGCCCGACACAAAAGGCGAGCUGUCCCGGGCUGCUGUGCAUCACCGUCGCGCACCCUGCUCCUCCUCGGCGCACAUGCACGCCAUGAAGCUCAAGGCGCCCUCCCCGUCCCCCGACGCGGCCGCCGGUCCCGGAAGCCAACACGCCCCCCUUCUCGCCGAGAGCAGUAAAGGCCAGAGCGCCGCCCCGGAACCGCCCUCCCGGCGCGGCAGCCAAGACGGCACGGCCGCGACGGGGCAAAACACCACGCACGACGUCCCCGGGUGCUCCAUCUGCGGCGAGCCGCGGACACGAGCGCCGCCCUCCCCGCUGCGCCGGCUGCCCUGCGGACACGAGUUUCACAGCGCCUGCGUCGACCCCUGGCUGCUGGGACACUCGCGCACCUGCCCCCUCUGGUAA